AUGUCUAAAGAGACCGCUGCGCCUGCGCAGUCGGCGCCGGAACUCUAUGUUUCCAGCCCGGGACGGCCACCCAAGGAGACCACGUUCCGAGAAUGGGUGGUUGUCAACCAAAUCGGAAUCUCGCUGACCAUCCUGGCCAUGCUACUGGCUCUUCACAACCUCUACCCCUCCCUCCGCCCCUAUACCCAACCUUUCUUCGAGCUUUCAUACUACGACUCCGCUGCAAACUCAUACGUUCAGGGCUGGGACGAUGUCUACUUCGUCGCCAGCGCCGUCCUGGCGCUCACCGCAAUCCGCGCAAUUGCGAUUGAAUGGAUACUCCAGCCAUUGGCUCGCUGCGCCGGCCUGAAACGAAAGGGCUCGGUUCGUCUUGCAGAGCAGGGCUGGCAAGCUCUCUACUACGGCUUUAUCUGGGGCGUGGGAUUGUAUUUGUGGAAGAACUCUCACUACUGGUUCGAUUUCGGCGCCAUCUGGGACCAGUGGCCCGCUCGCCCGCUCUCGGGUCUCAUGAAGUGGUAUCUCCUCGUGGAGCUGUCUUUCCUCAUUCAGCAGAUCUUCGUCAUCCACGUGGAGGAAAGGCGGAAGGACCACUACCAGAUGCUGUCUCACCACAUCAUUACCAGCACUCUUCUGAGCUCGGCCUAUAUCUACGGAUUCUACAAUGUGUCCAACGUGGUGCUGUGCUUGAUGGACAUUGUCGAUUUCCUGCUUCCUUCGGCCAAGAUUCUGAAGUACCUGAAGUUCCAGAACGCCUGCAAUGUCGCCUUUGGCAUCUUCAUGUCGACAUGGUUCGUCACACGGCACAUUCUCUAUAAUGUGCUCACCUGGUCCAUCCUCAAGAACAUUCCUGCCAAGAUGCCCUACGGCUGCUACUCUGGCGGCGAGUUGACCAGCACCAACGGCUAUCCCAAUGCCCUUGCAUACAUGUUCGCGCCUUUCCGUAGCUUGGAGAACCCCAUCUGCAUGAACGGCACCAUCAAGUGGAUCUUCCUAUCCUUCCUCAUAUCUCUGCAGGUGCUUUCCAUCGUCUGGUUCGCUAUGAUUGUCCGUGUCGCAUACGGUGUAAUUUGCACCGGUGCCGCAGAUGACUCCCGCAGUGACGAGGAGGAUGAGGUUGAAGCCAACAUCGAAGAUGCAACUAACGGUUCCGUACGGCUGGCCGCUAAGGAAAGCGUUAGUGCUACUCCCGUCGUCAACGACACCGCCCCUGGCCUAGACGGCCGCCGGUCCAACGGAGCCGCUUCCAUGCGUGCCCGGGGCCGGGGCAGGGUUCCUUUCGACCAGAGUGACCGCAAAGCUCUCUUGGGUCGUAUUGGAUGCGAUAAGCCUACCUAG